ACACACUCCACCUCUCCCUUCCUACAGCACUCCCUCUUCCAUCUCACUGCCCUCCUGGCCUCUGUCUCGUGGGCCCUCUGCAGCUGUAUUUUAAUCUUACAGCACCAUUACUCAGGAUGGACUCCAGACCCCCUAACCUGCUGCUGCUGCUUCUCACCUGCCUCCUACACUUCUGGCAGUAUGCCAGAGGACAGUCAUCAUACACUAUAGAUACCGUUGGCCUUAUGAUCCUACCCAACAGCACAGUUCUGAGCGGGACACCUGUGAUUCUACGCUGCGAGGUCAAAGUCAGUCAUGACAACAUCCCUCACCUGACACACACUUUCCAGCUCACACGGGACGACGUUCUCAUCGACUCCUCUACCACCGGAAAAGACUUAAUCGAUUAUGAACUCAACCCGGCCCGGGCAGCUGAUUCUGGAAGUUAUGAGUGUCGCGUCACAGUCAAAGACAAGAGCAAAGCCAGCUACAGCCAAAAACUCAACGUCACAGGCCUGCAGACCCCCAUUCUGUAUUUGAAUAAGACUACACCCUAUGAGAGUGAGGAGUUCAUCGCCACCUGCAGUGCUCCGGAGGAGAAAGGAUCCCUCAACUUCCGUUUUUUCCAGAGAUUUAGAAACGGAGACUCUCUAAAGAUAAAGCAGCCAGCGCCCACUGGGAACUCGUCAGAGACCACUCUGGUCCUGAGGAGCAUUGGAGACAGCCACCUGUACUGUGACUAUGAAGUCAAUUUGGUCUCUGGGGCCAGACGCUCCAAAAGCAGCAAAGAGAUUCAAGUAGUAGUCAAAGGACUUCACAUUUCCCCGAUCAUGAAUGUGCUGCCCGCCACGGAAGUCUAUGAGGGUGUGAUCAUAGAGGUGGUCUGUAAAGUGGUGAAUCCACCGAAGAACAUUGAAGUAUUCCUGACGAGGGACAGGAGGAUCCUAAAGCAAGCCCCCGUCAGCCUCAGUUAUCUAUUCACCGCACAAGAAGGCGACUCUGGGGAGCUCGUGUGCAAGGCAGAGUCGGGCAAUGUGCAGAAAGAAACCUAUAAAACGAUCACAGUCAAAGAGCUGUUUUCAAAGCCACGACUGACAGUGAAUCCCAUGGACAUAUUUGAGGGAGACCGCUUCAAACUGACCUGCUCUGUCUCCAUUUAUGUUCCCGAGAGCAUCAGCAACGAUAGCAUUAAAUUCUCCAUCUACAAAGAUAACGUCAAACUCCCCUGUGCAGAUACAUAUAUCACUAAGGCACACCCUUCUAAAAAUGGAAACUACACCUGCAAAGCCCAGGCUGCUUCUGUUACUCACAGCUUUGUAAAAGAGAGCCAAAAAGUUGUUGUGAAAGCGAAAGUUCCUGUUUCAAAACCCAUGCUGAGUGUGGUGGGGGGUACGCUGGUCUUGGGAAAGCGCUUCCAGCUGCUCUGUCACAGCGACAAUGGCACCCUGCCCAUCGUCUACACCCUGCACACCCCUGAAAGGCGGAAUGAGGUCAUCGUGGUGAGCAAGCCCGGGGAACGAGCCAUCUUUAACUCCUCAGCCAUCUACAAGACUUCAGACUUAAAUGGCUUCCUGUGCCACGUGAAAAACAGUCAAAACAGAGCUCCCAUGACAGGAUUAGGGCAGCAGCUGCUUCGUUCAAUCAUCAUAGAGCCUGUGUCUAAACCAGUGCUGACCAUGCUGCCCGGCGCGGGGGGCAUCUCCGAGGGGCAGGACGUGACUCUCGUCUGUUCUGUUCAGAGAGGCACUCUUCCAAUCAGCUUCACGUGGUACCACACUGACACAGAGGCAGCUCUCGCCUUCCAGACCGCCAAUGAACUGGAAGGAUCCUACAGCAUCAGAAAUGUCAGAGGGGAGCACCGAGGGGGAUACUACUGUGUGAGCACAAACCUGGUCAACGAAACCAAACAAAGCCACACUGUCAUGAUCGGAGUGAAGAUGGCCGGCUGGAAGAAAGGUCUCAUCGCUGUGAUCAUCUUCUUCGUCCUGCUCAUACUGGCAUUGAUCCUCAUUGUGGCCUUUAAAAGACGUCUGCUUCUAUUCAAGAGGAAAAGAACUGGUGAGCUGUCAGUGAAGUCAGCCAGCACCAAAGCGGAGCGGCUGAGCCUCACCCAGGCAGAGGUCAAUGAGGCGGCUAAUGUCACUCCAGGCAUGAUAGGAAAGAGUGUUUGGAGUGAACAUGCAUCAGGCUCUGAGUCUGAAGACCAGAGUAGUGUGACCGCUCCAGAAAAGCCGCCAGAACCUCAAUACACUGAGGUGCAGACCAGACAGGCAGACCCUACCAGAGAGCCAGUGAAAAAGGGCACAGACACGGUGUACAGCGAAGUGCGGAACUCCAAGCAAGGUGCUCCAGAGCAGGCCGAUGGUGGGUCAGUGGAGUACGCACAGCUGAAUCAUGAUACGGAUCACCACAGUGACCGCGGUAACCAUGGUGACCACCACAGUGUCCAGGAUGACCACUUAGAUGAGAUUGACGACGACAGUGUUCACAUCAACACCGCUGACCUCGGGGAAGGAAAACACGAACCGAUGCCAGACUGUUAACUGACCAACAAGAAUAUUUAUUCUUUUAUUUAUCCGGCUCGUUAAUGCAGCUGGAGACUUUUAUUCUGAAAGACCUUAAACAGCUCUAAGCAUUUAUGUACUUUUUGUGUUUUUGUAACACUUUGUAAGAAACAUCAUAUGCUGUAAAUUCACUUGCUUUGUCUUUGAAGGGCAAAUAAAAUGUUUUUGUGAAGUGUC